AUGUCCGGCGCUCGCAUCCCAAGACCUGCUGCUCGAUACAGAGCUGGAAAAGCAGUAUCAGAAUCAUCUUCCAGUUCUUCUGAAAGUGAUUAUGAAGAAGAAGAACUAGUCGUUGAAGAACGUCAUGAAGAGCAACAAACAACACAAGUGACAGUUUCAUCUAAUAUAAAACACGAAGUUCAACUUCAUACGGAGAAUGCUUCCGAAACAUCACCUAGUAACAUAGUCAAAGAUCGGACAAUUGAGUUCAAUCAGUCACAGCCUGCUGAAUCGGCAGAAUCAAGCAGCGAGUAUGAAACUGAGAACGAAGCGUCCUCAGACGAGAGCGAGGAGUCUUCGGAAGAAGAAUCUUCUGAUGAAGAACCACGAAGAGUUAUUCCUGCGAGACCCGUGUUUUUUAGCAAGAAGAGAUCCGGUAGUGAAAGCACUCAAACAACACAGUCCAGAGAAGAUGUCUCACGGCAGAUUCUCGAAGAGACAAUCAAAAACGAGCUCCAGCAAAAGGAGCUGUUAAAACAACAAUCCAUUAUUACUUCGGUCGACGACACAGAUGGCUUAGAUCCCGAAGGUGAAUACGAAAGUUGGAAGUUACGAAAGCUUCAACGUAAGAAACGCGACAAGGAACGUCUUAUCCGGAUGGAACGUGAGCGCGAAGAAGUCGAGGCACGUCGUUUGAUGAAUGCAGAGGAGCGAGAUGCCGAGGACAUGGAAGCCGCUGAGCAAAGCAGACGGAAAGAAAAGUCCAAGAUGAGUUUCAUGCAAAAAUACUAUCAUCGUGGAGCAUUUUAUCAGGACCAAGAAAUACUUCAACGUGAUUUUUCAGAAGCCGCUGAAAGCGAAAUACGGAAUAUUGAGCUUCUACCGAAGCCGUUACAAGUUCGCGGAGACAAGUUCUCGAAAGCAGGUCAAACAAAAUGGACACAUCUUGCCAAUGAAGAUACCAGCAGGAAAGACUCUUCUUGGUAUGAUUCGAGAAAUCCCGUUUUACAAAAAACACUCCGCCGUUUGGGUGGUCUUCAUGAUGAUGAUUUUCCAUCUAAAAAACAUAAAAAAUAA